CUGUUCUUCGGACGCCUCUCAUUAGCUCAUAUUAUCAAUUCCUCCACGCGGCGUCCAGCCAAACUCUUUGUCAAUUAAUAGAGCAAUAAGAGGCGCGGGGAGGCGGAGGAAAGAGGUCCUUGUUUUGGCGGAGGAGGGAGCAGAGUCACCCCUUCAUUCUCUUUGUGCUUGCUCCGGCAGGGGGUCAGAGAAGGGCCCACUCAGGUACCGUUACCGAUUUGUGCCGAUAACAGAGGCCGCCCGAGCCGCCCCCUCGGCCGCCCAUCGCAUAUUUCCGCGUCUGUUCGUCCCCGUGGGUCUCCUGCGCAGAUUUUGUUGUGAAAAUUCGCAGUAACUGCUUUGGUGAAGUGAUCUGGAGCAAUAUCAGGGGAGCGAGCGGGCGAGGCAGGUUGUGGUUGAGUGCUGGGCGGCGCUCUGGCGGCGAGCGGCGGAGUUACGGGGCGGCCAUGUUAGCAGCCUCAGGGGACCAGUGAUGAAUGCGUGGGGCCAGUGGACCUGCCUCUAUACACAGCACACCGACGCACUCCCGCUCGCUCCCGCAUUUUCGCUUGAUUGGAGCCGUUAAUUGAGUAUUUAUGGAUAAAUUUGUGUGUGGUAGGAUGUGGUGGAGGGAAGGUGUGGAAUACUGGCGAGUGUGGAAGUGAAACGAAGUGAUGGGACCAGUCAGCCUCACAUGUUUUUUACCAAGGAGUAAUGAGGACUCUGCAUCGCGCAUCCUAAGAUGGCGAGACCGGUCGGCCCCGGACUAGCCAGGAUAAUGGCGCUGUGGUGAAGCAGGUCGAGCCGCAAGAUGCGAAAACUGUGGGGCUGGACCCUGGCGGCGCUGCUGUGGGUUGUGGCGGCAGGCGUGGGGCCAGACUACCACAGCCAUGACGACUGCCAGGUCACCUCGCUGCCGGGCACCGACCUGGCCGCCCUGCUGUGUCGUCUGCGAACCAUCAACAGUGAGCUGGACGCCACCAACUUCACCGUCAUCCCGCGCCGCAACACCGCCAAGCUCAGGAUCGAGUGCAGUGAUGUGCUCUUCUUCCAAAGCUCACUGCAGAACAAGAGUUUCGUGCGCCUGCGGGAGCUGCAGGAGCUCGACAUCGAAUACUGUAAGAUCGGCGAGGUGCCGCGGGAGGCGUUCCUCGGCCUCACCAACCUCAGGAACCUCACGCUGCGCACCUACAACACUGACUGGUCUGCCAUGUCCCUCAAGAUCGCCAGCGACGCCUUCCGCGAGCAGAGGAACCUGGAGCGGCUGGACCUCGGCGACAACAACAUCUGGACGCUGCCGCCGCGGCUGUUGUGCCACCUGGGGAACCUCAAGCUGCUCAACCUGUCCCGCAACAAGCUGCAGGACGUGACGGUGCUCAGCUUCAGCCAGGCAGAGCACUUCUGUGCCCCGGGACUUAGGCACCUCGACCUUUCCUACAAUCACCUGGUGAGCGUGCCCGCCUUCGCCUUCGCUGCGCUCAAGAACCUCCAGGCGCUCAACCUGAGUCUGAACGGCAUCAGCAAGCUGGAGGACAAGGCGCUGUUCGGUAUGUACUCCCUGGAGGUGCUGGAUCUGUCGGGGAACCUGCUGACGGCGCUGCCGCCCGAGCUGUUCCAGGAGAACAAGCGCCUCACCAAGCUGUACAUCAGGAACAACUCGGUGAGCGUGCUGGCGCCGGGGCUGUUCACGGGCCUCAGCCUCCUGCUGGAGCUGGAGCUGAACGACAACCAGCUCACCAACACCUGGGUCAACUCUGAGACCUUCACGGAUCUGCUGAGGCUGGCCAGCCUCGACCUGACAAACAACAAAAUAACUCGACUCGACGCCGCCACCUUCCGCGACUUAACCAACCUGCAGGUGCUGCGCCUGCAGCACAACAUGAUCGAGACAGUGUCGGACUACACGUUCAGCGGCCUGUUCCGCCUGCACACGCUGGUGCUGUCCGACAACAGGAUCAAGGAGCUGAGCGAUAAGACACUGGCUGGGCUGCGCGGCCUGCAGGUGCUCAAGCUAGAUCACAAUGAAGUGUUCAGUGUGGACAGCUUGGCGCUCACUAACUCCACGGAGCUGCAGGAACUCCAGCUGAGCCAUAACUACCUGCAGGACGUGCCCAAGCUGGUGCAGAGCCUCACCUCCCUCAGGACGCUCGACCUCAGCGGCAAUCAUGUAAGUGUUCUCACUAACAGUUCCUUCACUCACCUCAAUAACCUGAGCGCCCUCAAGCUGGCGGCCAACGUGGUGGAGGUGGUGAGCAAGACGGUGUUUCGCGCCCUGCCAGCCCUGCAGGUGCUCGACCUCUCCACCAACAAGAUCAAGACCAUCGAGAACGGCGCCUUCGACAACAACAAGCAUCUGGAGGCAGUGCGGCUGGACAACAACCUGCUCACCAGCGUGCAGGGCCUCUUCUCAGAGCUGCCCAACCUGCAGUGGCUCAAUCUGUCCAAGAAUCACCUCGAGAUGUUCGACUACGCCUUCAUCCCGCGCGGCCUCAAGUACCUCGACCUGCGCUCAAACUUCAUCAACGAAUUGGGCAACUACUUCGAGAUUGAGAGUCAGCUGAGCCUCAAGAUCAUCGACGCCAGCUUUAAUAAGCUGUCUGACAUCAGCGCCAGCUCGGUGCCCGACAGCGUCGAGAUUCUCUUCCUCAACAACAACCUCAUCUCCCGCGUGCAGCCUUACGCCUUCUUCAAGAAGAAAAACCUCACCCGCGUGGACCUCUUCGCCAACAAGAUCCGCAACAUCGACCAGAACGCCCUCAGGCUGUCCCUCAUGAACCCGUCCCGCGACCCCCCCGAGUUCUACCUGGGCGGCAACCCCUUCGAGUGUGACUGCACGAUGGAGUGGCUGCAGGCCAUCAACAGCCUGGAGGAGACACGCCAGCACCCCGCCGUGGUGGACCUAGACACCAUCAACUGCCGCCUCAUGAACAACAAAGGCGUCAUCCCGCUUCUGGAGGCACAGAAGCUGCAGUUCCUGUGCGAGUACGAGUCUCACUGCUUCGCUCUCUGCCACUGCUGUGACUUCGACGCCUGUGACUGCGAGAUGACGUGCCCCUCAAACUGCACCUGCUUCCACGACGAGUCCUGGGCCGCCAACAUCGUGGACUGCUCGCGCGCUGGCUACGACGCCGUGCCCGACAGGGUGCCCAUGGACUCCUCCGAAGUGUACUUGGACGGCAACGAGCUCUCUUCGCUCUCCAGCCACACCUUCAUUGGCAGGAAGAACCUGAAGGUACUGUACCUCAACAGCAGCAAGGUGGAGCUCAUCCACAACAGAACCUUCAACGGCCUGAGACUGCUGGAGAAGCUCUUCCUGCAGCACAACAUGGUGAAGGAGCUCAAGGGGUACGAGUUCGAGCACCUGACGCUGCUGCGGGAGCUGUACCUGAACAGCAACGAGCUGGCCUUCGUGCACAACGCCACCUUCCUCAGCCUCGCCUCGCUCAGGAUCCUGCGUCUGGACGACAACCGCCUCAAGACGCUGCCCGUCACCUACUUCCGCAGGAACCACAACAUGCACUCUCUCUUCCUGGGCAACAACCCGUGGCUGUGCGAAUGCGAGAGCGCGGCGGAGGUGCAGACGUGGCUGGAGGGCGCCGCCGUGGUGCUGCGGGAUCCCGAUCAGGUGCAGUGCGCCCUCAACAAGACGGUUGAGGUGACGCUGCAGCUCACCGCUUUCAACGUGUCGGUGUGUACCAACGAGAGCGACACCACCACCACCAUCCGCCACGAGGCGUACCUGGACUACGUGUUCCUGCCUACUGUCACGCUGGGCGCCUUCGCCGUGCUGCUCACCCUCACCCUCAUCAUCUUCUGCAACAGGAACCGCAUGCGGGUGUGGGUGUACGCCAAGUACGGCGUGCGCCUCUUCUACCGCAGCGAGUACGAGGGCGACACAGACAAGGCCUUCGACGCCUUCGUCAGCUACAGCUCCAAGGACGAGGUGUUCGUGACACAGAUCCUGGCGCCGGAGCUGGAGCGCGGCAGCCCCGCCUACAAGUUGUGCCUGCACUACCGUGACUUCCCCGUCGGCGCCUACGUCACGGACACCAUCCUGAGCGCCGUGGAGACCAGCAAGCGCACCAUCCUCAUCCUCUCAGAGAACUUCAUCAAGUCUGAGUGGCGGCGCUUCGAGUUCCGCUCUGCCCACCACGAGGUGCUGAAGGACCGGCGGCGGCGCCUCAUCGUCAUCCUGCUGGGGGAGGUGCCGCGGCGGGACCUAGACCCCGACAUCCGCCUCUACCUGAAGACCAACACGUAUCUCAAGUGGGGCGACAACCACUUCUGGGAGAAGCUGAAGUUUGCCAUGCCGGACGCCCGCCGCCCCUCCCGCAGCCACCAGCUACACACUCUCGCCGCCCAGCCCCCGCCCGGCCCCCGCCCCGUGCCCCUCCACAUGUAGCCCCGCACGCCCUCGCCCAUCACGCCGCCCGCGAGUCCUCCCUCCACACCCAUCCCCAAAACCCAAGUGUCUUGACCUCCCAGCUCCACCCCGCGACCCCUCCACCUGCCGCCUCCACCCCGCGCGCUCCUCCACCAGUCCCUGAUAAGAGGAGUCCGCAGCAGGAGGCGAGGAGGCUGGAGGGAGUGGAGUGGUGGAGAGGCGGCGGUCGCGGUGAGGUCGUGGGAUAAGAUCGGUCACCACCACCACCACCACCUCCACCAUCGGUGUCAAGUGUUGGCAGUGUUGCUUGUGUUGUCAGUGUUGUUGUGCCGGGCAGUGUUUCGGCCAGGCGAGGGAGCAACCAUGCCAUAAAAUGUUGCCAAAAAUAUUUCCUACGAUUUUCUUAAGUAAAAAUGGAAAAUACUCAAUUUCUUAAGUAGAAAUAUAAAAUACUCAGUUCUGUCUCAAGAAAAAAUAAGUGACACUUGUUUUCUAGCUACCAAGAGUAUUAGUAUAAAAAGAUAAUUGAAAAAAAGAAGGAAUUUAAAUAAAAAAAAUACACAACCAUUCCUGUACUCGACAAUGAAAAAAAAAAGCUAAAACAACGCAAAGCAUCCAAAUUAUAAAGCCAUUGAGUGUUACGUGAUGAAUUAAUAUGAAAAAAAAAAACGAUGAAUUAUUGAGUGGCAUGUCGUGAAUGUUGUCUGAAUGAAUAAUGAUCUGUAGCACAAGCAGGACAAAAGAAAGAAGAGCACCACCACCAAAGGAGUGUGUUGCUUCCUCAUGUGUUUUGACCAAGUGGAAAACAAAAGCAGCUUGUUUCUAAAUUUUUUUCUUGUAAUCGCUGAAAAAAAAAAUGUGUUUGAGAAAAGUAUAAAAUUUGUGAGCGUAUAAUGGCAAUAAAAAAAGUGAAAAUGAAAAUAUAUACGCAUGAGGAAUUAGAAAACAAUAAGAAAAAUAAGUGAAAUCGAAACACAAGCACUGAUUAAAAAAAAAAGAAAGAAAAGAACAUAUAAUAUUAAAAAGCCUGAAUAUUCGGAAGUGAGAAAAAGAGACAGAAAAUAAAAUAAAUAAAUAAACGUGAAAUUAUUAUCAUUCCCAUCCACUGCUCCACCUCCCUGUUACGUUCCACUGCCCCACUACACAAGACCAAAAGUGGAGGUAGUGAAAGGAGAAAUACACGUGAAACCAUUACUUUGUUCCACUGCUCCACCUAUACAAGAGCAAAAGGUGGAGGGAGUGGUGGCAAGGAAGGGACAACUGGUGGUGAUGGUGGUGGUGGUGAGGGUGAAUAUGGAGGUGGGUCUGGUAACAGCGUCGGGGCGAGGGAGCGGAGCGGGGCGGCCAGACAGCCAGACAAGUGCACAGCUUCAGCCUCAUGUCGCCUGCCGCCCGCCACUGACCGCCUCACGAGGUCUGCGUUGAAGUGGCAUUAUUACAGUGACUCGUGAGUGUGGGAACUGACCUUGGCUGUGCAGGUGUGCGGCGGCCAUGAUGGACUGAGGGACGGGAAAGGUGCAACACAGACACACAACAGACAGGUGUUUUGAAUUCCUCUCCCAUUCCCCCCCACCCCCCUGUGUCUGUGAAAGAUAAACAUUGUGCUAAAGAAAAUAACAGUGAUGAACAUUUUUUUCUGAGCAUCUUUUUUUGUAUGUAAAUUAUUUGCAGGACAUUUUUUAUAUGAUUGUUCUUUCAUUUUGUUGUUGUGUAAAUAUUAAAAAAAAACCGUGCAUUUUUUUUGUACUAUUUCAUAUUUCUAGAACACAAUACACACAAAAAAAAAUAUUACUGCCUUGGUUUGUUGAGCUUCAUCUUCUUGUUGCCCGCGUUAAAGCUUCCUCUAGUCAACCGAGAUGUUAUAUUAUUAUCAUUAUUACUAUUAUUAUCAUUAUUAUCCUUUAAAGUGAAGAAGCGGAAUGUGAUAACCCAAGCAUGUUACGUUUGAUGCCAAAUUACUCACUUGUGAUAAAAGAUAAUUCAAACUGAACCAACCGUCCACUGACAACAACACAAACCCGACGAAUUAUCACAAAUGCUGGACUUUUAAACAAUUCCUUGGCCCUACAAAAUUCCGUCCGAAACAAAGUGAACUAAACAUGAAACACAGCGAAACAGCCAAGAGUGCUUCCCCUUAGCGUGUUCACAGAGUAGUGUUCACGCUAGUGGGAUUAUCGGUCACAGCUGAGCCAGAGAGAGACACAAACAUGAAUCUGUGAUGAGUGAAUGCAGAUAUAUUUAUAAACUGCGUGGAUGAGUAGCGUGUGCACGGAGGUGGAUGUCGGAGGCCGCGAAUGGAGGGGAAGAAGGGAACAAAGGAGGAGAAUCAGGAUAUUUAAGGGAAGUUAGAGAGAAAGAAGAGAAAGAUUGUCAGGAAUAGGAGAGAAAAAUAUCAUGAGAGAUGUAAUAGCCAAAUAAAUAGGGAAUAAUAUCGGUAAAAAGGAUAUAAAUGGAGAAUUCCAGUGCGUAGGAGAGAAAGAAGAAUUUGCACAUACAAGGAAAGAUAGUUAGAGAGAACGGAAGAGAGAAAUAAAGUACGAGAAUUAGGAGGGAAAAUAUAUAUUCAGAUUAUAGGAGGUAAACAAUAAGAGACAAAGAAUGUCCGUACUUAGGAAAGGGGAAAGAGAAGGAAGAGAGGCAGACAAAGAAAGGGGGAUAUAAACAUAUAAGCGAAUAUAAAAUAAACGAAACCAAAAAAGUUAUGAAUAAAAUAUCAGAUCAGCAAAGCAUAAUAAGUCAAAAUAAAACUUGUAAUAAAAAAAAAACGGAAAACACAGAAGAAACUAACGAAGAUAUACGAACAUAGAGAUAGAUAGACAGACAGACAGACAGACAGACAAGACCAAACAUAAAAUAGACCAAAACAAGGAGACAAAAAAAAAAAACGAGAUAGAUCCACCAAACAAGAGCAAAGAAAACAAAAAUGACAAAAAAAAUAACAUGACAAACGACAAACGAACAAAAGAAAAGAAAAAAAAACACUCAAUGAAAAAAAAGAAAAGAAAAGAAAAGAAAACACACAAAACCCAAAUAAUACCUCACAAAUGAUCGACAGAAGCACUUAAUUAAUGCGGCAUUUGGCUAUCGAAUAUAAACCUACAGGUGACGGGGGGAAUGUUAUCCGUAAACUUGACAACGGCACCGGAUUAACAAGAUAAACCGUGAGAUUAAAGCGAGACACUGCCACAAGAUGAUACAUUAAUUGCUCCCCGUAUGAAUUAUGUAUGAGGGAUUCAGACACACUUGAUAAUCGUGUAAAGUGAAGCGUGUGAGAACAUUGGUCGAGGCGCGGCUGAGUUAAGUGUGGCAGUACAAGGGCGUUAUUUGGCAUGGGUGAAGUCGUGUAAAGUUUGCGUGCGUGUAAAAUAAUGUUUCGCUUUAGUUAAGAGUGCAGCGUGUGUGAAUAUAAAGGAGGUGAGGAGUGUAUAGCUUGAAUGUAAAGAAAUGCUGAUAUAGUAAAGCUUGUGUGGAAACAGAGACGGUAAGCUUUGUAUGAAUAUAAAGGAGGAAAAAAAGUACUACAACGUAUGAAUAUAAAGAAAAUAAUAAAUAAAUGAAUAUAAAGAAAUUAUCAUGCACAUAGCGAAAAACUUACAUGAAAACAAAAUAAAUAAUAAUAAUAAUAAAAAAAAAAAAAACAUGAGUAAAACAAGUAUAAAGCAAACACACACGUAAAGCUUGCAUGAAUAUAAAACACUGACAUAGUAUCAUUCAUCAAAGGGUUCAAGUCAUCCAUAUGUAUAACUGAGAACAACUCCCCUCCACGCAAACCAACGGUACUGCCCUACGAUUACACAUCACUACGGAAUGAAUACUCUUUUUUUUUUUUUUUCUAAGUAGAGCACAAGGGAAUAAAUUAACAGUAAAUACCAAAUAGGAUGUUUUUAAGCUGCCCUGCUUCAUCGGUUUUGUGAAAGGAGCCUCCGAUAAUGAUUGUAACUAUUCUAUCGCUACGCCAGACUGAAGUUAAAUUUAUUGUAUCGUAUUCACUGUAGAGCGACUGUAUUUAGUCACGCUGUGCAUCAUGGGAGGAUUAAUGUACCGUUUAUGAUGGUGGUAAUAGUAAUAAUAAUAAUAAUAAUAAUAAUAAUAAUAAUAAUAAUAAUAAUAAUCACCCAGCACGUCAAUUCAAGUUUCAUUUUUAUUUAUAUAUUCUUUAAUUUACUUUAUUCAUUCAUUUUUUUCUUAGGAGAGGAAUAAUUACUGAUCCUUUUUUUAUUUUAUCUUUUUUCCUCAAUUUCUUUUUGCCUUUCAUCUGCGUUCCUUAUGCAAAACAAAAAUAUACAAAUAAAAAAACUAUAUUUUCUGUCGUUACACAAGACUACGAAAUUAAUACGAACCUCAUAACAACUUUUUUUCUCCUGUUUUUGAAGAGAGAAUUAGCAAACCUUCUUUUCUCUCUUCUCCUUGCUCUUCCUCCCUUGAGCGUUGAGGAAAACAAUAAGUAAAGAGAGAGCUGUAUUUUCUGUUACACAAGACAAUGGAAUUAACACAGAGCUCAUAAUAUAACAGUGGUAAUAAGAAACCCCCUCUGUUUACAUGCCAGAGGAGGAGAAGUAAAUGUAAACGUAUUUCUUUACCACAUACGCGAUCACAGGAUGAAUAUAAAUUUUCACAGUAGGAGAAAAAAAAAAAAAAAAUUAAGUGCAUUCAUUACUUUAAUUGCAAGAAAGUAUUUGAAGUAUUCUGAUGCGGAGAAAAAAUAAUGGAUUUGAAUUCACUGAAACGUCGUCUUCUAUCUAAUGUAACUGAUAAAACUGGAAAUUAAUAGUUUAAUUAGAUUUAUUUAAUUGCAAACUCAUCAGCGCUUGAAAAUAAUAUAAAUUGCCAUAAAUAAUCAGUGUUUCUAAGCAGACAAUAAACUGCCACGUAAAAAAAAAAAAAGGAAAAUAAACAUGAAAAAUAUAUAUAAAUGUGAAAAUCAUUACCGUUACUCCAUUAAUGAAAAAUUUAUAACUUUUUUUAUAUUUUUUGAAGAGUGAAAAAAGAAAAUUGAUUCAAAAUUACUCCCACACUCGCACUGAUAUUUUUUUGGUUCUUUCUUUGUUUUCCUUUUGUGAUAUAUUUUUUUUUAUUUAUCUUAUGCAUUCCGUUAGUCUUCUUCUUCUUCUUCUUCUUCUUCUUCUUCUUCUUCUUCUUUUCUUUUCAUGAUCUCCUUAUUCUUCAUCAUCAUCAUCUUUUUCCUCACUUCCUUUAUUAAUUUCUUUAUUAUUUGCGUUUUUUUUCCUUUCCAUCUUUUUAUUUAUUUAUUUUUGUUUGUAUGUUUGUCUGUCUGUCUGUCUGUCUUUGUUUCUUUAUCUUUAUUUUUCUGUGUCUUGUAUUUGUCUUUUACUAGUCUCUCUCUCUCUCUCUCUCUCUCUCUCUCUCUCUCUCUCUCUCUCUCUCUCUCUCUCUCUCUCUCUCUCCUGUUUAUUAUGCAUUCUUCACCCUCCGCUCUCUCUUCUUUAUCUUUUAUUCAUUCUUUUUUCAUUGCGAGUAUAAAAGGCGGGUUCUUUUUUCAUGCGUCUUCUCCUCAUUUGGUCUUCCUCUUCGUUUUUUCUUUCUUCUUUCUUCUUCCUUCCUUCCUUAGGUAUUUCCUUCCUUCCUUCCUUCCUUUUCUUUACAAGCAAAAAAUCUACCCACGAAACGGUUCUUCUUCUUCUUCUUCUUAUUAUUAUUAUUAUUAUUAUUAUUAUUACUAGUAUCAUUAUCACCAUCAUCAUCAUCAUUAUUAUCAUUAUUAUCAUUACUAUUACCACCAUCACCGUCACCACCACCAUCAUUAUUAUCAUCACUACGCACUCGGCUCCUUUGUUAUUACAGUCAUUACCAUCAUUAUUAUUAUAGCCGCGUCUGCCUCUCUGUCCCUCCUCCCUUCCUCCCCCCGCCCCAUCCCCCCCCCAGGAGACAGAUAAGGUCCGGUUUAGCGCAGAAGGCAAGAGGGGUAUCGACCUUAUCGACAUCCGGGUCCGAAUUCGAAUAGUUUCAUAAUUUCACCCUCCUUAUGCAUUUCUAACAGCCACUGGUCCGUAGAGAGAGAGAGAGAGAGAGAGAGAGAGAGAGAGAGAGAGAGAGAGAGAGAGAGAGAGAGAGAGAGAGAGAGAGAGAUUAAGGAAGGGAAGGUGAUAUUGAAUAGUGUAGAAAUUAAAGAGAGAGAGAAAGAAAAGAGAAAUAGCUUUCAAUUAGGCAUAUUUUUUUUUUAUUUCACUGCUGUUGUUGUUGUUUAUGUUGCUAUAAGAAAAUACUCGACAGGCCUGCCAUUAUUCUAUGUUAUAUUCAUACAUACAUACAUACAUAUACUCCUAUACAUACAUACAUACAUGCAUUCUUGAGUGUGUAUCAUUCGAUAACUGCUGUAUAAUUAUCGUGAGAGAGAGAGAGAGAGAGAGAGAGAGAGAGAGAGAGAGAGAGAGAGAGAGAGAGAGAGAGAGAGAGAGAGAGAGAGAGAUUUGUGUGUUUUUACUUGUUUUGUUUAAUUUCUGUGAUUGUUUGUUUGUUUGUUUGCCUUGUUUUGUUCGUUCGUUUGUUUGUGUAGUGCAAUAAGGUUGAAAGAGUUGUCUGUUUGAUGAAGGGAACCGCCUCUAUGACUUCAUUAUUUUGUUUUGUUGCAUUUUGUUUGUUGUAUUAUUUUCAUACGUAAUAAUUCUUUGAUUCUCUUUCAUUUUGUUAUUUUCUUGUUAUUUUCUAUUCUUCCUUACAUUAUACUUAAUUUUCCUCUCUUUUCUUUCGAUUUAUACAUUAUUUUGACUCUCCCUAUUACAAAUGUUCUUUCUGAAUCUCAAAAUCUCUUUCCUUCUUAUUUUAUUAACUUUUAAAUCCACUCCAUAUUAUAUUUUCUCCUUUCAUGAAACACAAUAUUCCUUACUUAAUCUCCCUUACGCUCUCCACAAUCCCUCUCUUUUUCUUCUUCCUUCUAUGAAUCUUGCAAAUUGACUCCUUUAUUUCCCCUUUAUACGGUUUCCAGCACCCCUUGUUGUCUCGCUUUGCUAAACUGAAUCCCAUUUGUGUUCCCGUGAGUGUAUCAAAUGUUUUCUGUUUAUUUAUUCAUUGUCUGGUUUGUUCUUUGUUAUUUUUUAUACUUUAAUGUUUAUGUAUGUAAAUUUGUGUUGUAUUGUCAAGUGCUGUACAAUCUUUAUACUUUUCCUCGCCAAAAAAAGGAAAACUGUCAUCUCUGUGGCUCAAAGAUGGCUGCCAGACGUAGUAUACUUUUUUUUUUUUACAAACUUAGUCCUUUUGAGAAACUUAUGUGGUUAAAAAAGAUGUAUAUGUAUAUUUUCUUGGCGCUGUGAAUUUCUAACGCUUAAGUUUUCCGAUAUAACAGGAAAACGUUCAAUUAAUGACAUAUUCUGGUGCAAUAUUUAGAAUUCUCACCAAGUAAUAGAUAAAUAAUUAAAUAAGUAAGUAGAGAAAUAAAUAAAUCGUCUCCAUAAUGCCAUAUUUCUAGUGCAAUAUUGAAAAUCCUCACCAACUGAUACUCAUUUUCUGUCUAAUAUUAAAUUCCAUGCAUAUGAAACUCUAAUAUUUAUAAUUCAUGGUAUGCAUAAGUUAACAUUUACCUACUGCCAUAUUUUUAGUGCAAUAUUACAAUCCUCACUAUUUUUAUUAACUCAUUUGCUAUGGUGUGAAAAAUAAAUCUCGUACAGAAUAUUCAACUACUUUUUAUCAAGUAUUUUUAAAUUUCUUUUUACGUCUGGCAGCACUGCGAGUCAUGGGAGGAAGGAUGCCAGAUGCGUGAUGAGUGUCGUACUUUUCGAUCCCCAGCUUCUCCGCGUGCUACCAAAUGUUAUGGUCCUUUCAGAUUAACUCAAGUGGCGUUCCUAUUCACUCCUACUGUAAUGCUUCCCCUUUGUUCACUUCAGGAGGAGGAGGAGGAGGAGGAGGGAAGGAAGUGUAUCUAGCAAUCUAAUUAGGCAAAUAUAUAUAUAUAUAUAUAUAUAUAUAUAUAUAUAUAUAUAUAUAUAUAUAUAUAUAUAUAUAUAUAUAUAUAUAUAUAUAUAUAUAUAUAUAUAUAUAUAUAUAUAUACAUAAAGAGAGAAUAGGGAAGCUUGUCCAAUGAAUUAUAAUGAAAUGACUGUAGCUUCUUAAUUAUGCAAGUACGUGUGGGUGUGUGUGUCUGUGCGUGUGUGAGGUUAUGUCUACACAGCUUACGUACGUGUCUGUUCAGUCUACGUGUGUGUGUGUGUGUGUGUGUGUGUGUGCAAAGGCUGCCAACGGUAACAAGUGUAUUUAUUUUCCAUUUGCCCAUAACUUAGUUUGGAGUGAAAGUGACUUUUUUUUUUAUACACACAAGCCUUUUUUUCUAAACUAAUAAACUGUUAACUAAG